AUGGCCCUAAGCGGAGACUUUAACCACCCUUUCAAACCAUAUGACAUCCAGCUUCAACUCAUGGGUCAAGUUUACAGCUUGCUUGAAAAGAACAAAAAGAUCGGCAUUUUCGAGAGCCCAACUGGCACUGGGAAAACACUGUCGCUCAUCUGUCCUACGGUAACAUGGCUAAGGCAAAACAAAGUGCAUCUGCUAGAUAAGAAAAAUAAAACCGUCAAGACACUUCAGAAAACCACAAACGGGCUGAGUGGCACGAUAGGUGAUGACGGUGAUGAUGAUGAUGAUGAUAGUGACGACGAGCCAGCUUGGGUGAAAGAAGCGUUCGUUGAAUCUAUUCUAAAGGAAAGGGUACGAGCAAUUCAAGAGUAUGAAGAACAUUUGGAUUCACAGUCAUUUAGCUUGGACGCUGCUUCUGUUUUAUCAGCUCAAAAACAGCCUGCCAGCAAGAAAUCUCGAACUGUAGCGCACACCCCUGUUGUUUUUGAGGACUCAGAGUUUCUACCCGAGGAAGACUCCUCUACUGAUCUGCUCAAAGAGCAAGGAGAUACAGAUGAUAAGACCAAGCUUAACAAUGAGGUACAGGCUCUGCUUGGUAAGCUCAAUGAAUCACAAAAAGUGGAGAAACCCAAAGAAUCAAACUUGCCUUCCCCAAUAAAGAUUUUUUUUGCCUCAAGAACUCACUCGCAAUUAUCUCAGUUCGCGGCACAAUUGAGGCUUCCAAAUUUCCCAUCCUCAAUUGAACACAUAGACCAUGAACGAAUCAAAUUCGUGCCGCUCGCAUCGCGUAAACAAUUGUGCAUCAACCAGAAGGUUUCGCAAGCCGCGAGCAACGCAAUUAACGAUUGUUGUGCCGAUGCAAUAAACAAGAAAGACUGUACACCUUACUCAAGAAGUAAGGAUCCUGCUAACUUGCGUAACUUUAGAGACUACACUUUUCAUGCUGUUCACGACAUAGAAGAUAUGGUUGCCAUUGGCCAAGCCACGAAUACCUGUCCUUAUUACGCCUUGAGGGAAGUGAUCCAUGAUGGAGUUGAAGUCGUCACUAUGCCUUACCAACAUUUGCUCAUGGAUAGUACACGCGACGCGUUAGGGAUCGAUCUUAAGGAUUCUAUCGUUAUCAUUGACGAGGCGCAUAAUGUUAUUGAUACUAUAAACAUGAUGAAUUCAGCGGAAAUAAGUUUGAGUGACUUGGAAAGUAGCAAAACAGGGAUAGCUACAUACACGAGAAAGUUUGUUACACGAUUAAACCCCGAGAAUCGUGUAAACUUAAGGCGCCUUUUAACUCUGAUUGAUGUUUUAAUCGAUUUCAUCAAGAAGCGAUAUAAAAACGGUCGCGAGUUCGAAAGCUUCGAUGUUUUCGACGGAACAAAUGCUGAUGUUUUGAACAUUCACAAUUUGGAGCGAUAUAUGAAAACUACUAAAAUCGCUUUUAAAGUCGACAGUUAUAUCGAGCACCAACAACUUGAGACAAAUCUCAGUACCUUGGGAAGACAGCCUGUGCUAUUCAAGGUCGCGGCAUUUCUGAGGACAUUGAGCAACCCUUCAGCAGAGGGCAGGUUUUUCUUCGAGAAAAAUCAUAGCAUGAAGUACAUGUUGCUCGAACCCAGUCAUAGCUUUGAAAGAAUUGUUGAAUUAUCCAAAUGCGUUAUAUUAGCCGGUGGCACAAUGGAACCUAUUUCUGAGUUUACUGCUAACCUAAUUCCCUUUGUGGAUGAGAGCCAAAUUUGUAAGUUCUCAUGCAACCAUGUUAUACCAGAUGACAACUUAAACACUUUUGUUGUUGGAGAAAACUUCGAAUUUACUUUUGACAGGCGAGAAGAUCCAAAAAUGUUGACCGAGCUGUACAAUUUCUUCUCCCAACUUGCCCUCAUUGUUCCGGACGGCAUUGUGGUAUUUAUGCCAAGUUAUAAAUACCUUGAGUCGGUACUGAGCUUUUGGAGGUCGAACUUGAAGAUGAAUGACAAAAUUAGUAACAAGAAAGUAUUCCACGAAGCAGCAGAAAGCUCUGAGAUAUUUGGUCAAUACAGUGCCGAAAUAGACUUGCUUAACGGGGGUGCUAUUCUUUUCGCAGUGGUCGGUGGACGAUUGUCGGAAGGCAUAAAUUUUCAAGAUGGACUAGCUCGGGCGGUCGUAAUGGUUGGUUUGCCGUUUCCGAACGUCUUCAGUGGUGAAUUGAUUAUAAAAAGAAAGCACUUAGAGCAAAAAGUGAUCAGCAACGGGGGUUCGAUACAGGAUGCAAAACUUGCUGCUCGUGAAUUUUAUGAGAAUAUGUGCAUGAAGGCCGUUAAUCAGAGUAUUGGAAGAGCUAUAAGGCAUGCUAGUGAUUAUGCCAAUAUAUAUUUACUUGAUAAGAGGUAUGGAUCCUCGCAAACUCAAGGUAAAUUAUCAAAAUGGGUACGAAAAAGGAUAUGCAAGGCCGCGUCACUCCAAGAAGUCUACGAUCUGAGUGCAGCUUGGUUCUCGGCCAAGAAAAAAAAGUAA